AUGCAAACCUAGGCGGUAUAGAUAGAACUACAGCAUCAAAAAGAAGCUGAAAGGUUUUUCUCACUUGAAUUUUAACAAAAUGAACAUCAAUGGAGUUUCAUCCCCUAAAACCCAUUUCUUUCCCUCAAUUCUUCCACAGAACCCAAUUCUUCUUCCUCUGAAACCCAUCAAUGUUAUCAAAUUCAUUUCUUCCACCACGAAUUCAAUUUCCUCUUCUAAUUCUUCUUCUGUUUCUAUGGAUUCCCCUUCCUCUUCUUCUUACGUAGUUUCUUACCUGAUGAAUUCAUGUGGUUUAUCAAAAGAUAAAGCAAUUUCCACUUCUGCCAAAAUCAAUUUCAGAACCACAUCCGAACCAGAUGCAGUCCUAGACUUACUCCAAUCAUAUGGAUUCACUAAAUCUCACAUUUCCAAUCUCAUUACCAAGAACCCAUCUUGUUUGCUCUUAUCCAAUCCAAAUAAAACCCUCAAACCCAAAUUGGAUUACCUGAACUCAAAAGGGUUCUCUGGGGUUGAACUUGCUAAGGUCCUUUCUUUUAAUCCAUAUAUCUUGGGACGGGGUUUAAAUGAAAUCGUCAAUUUCUUUGAUGCACUCAAGAACAUUCUUCAAACCGAUGACAAUGUCGCUGCGGCGUUAAGACGGUGUUCGAUGGUUUAUCAGCUUGAUCUUGAUAUAAAGCUAAUGCUCAACAUUGGGGUUCUCAGAAAUGAAGGUCUCGCUGAAUGUGAUAUCUGUAAGUUGUUUAUAAGGCAACCCAGAGUGCUUUCUAUUAGUAAUGUCCGGUUUAAAGAGGUAAUUGCAGAAGUUAUGGGAAUGGGUUUUAAUCCUUUAGAAACUUCAUUUAUUCUAGCUGUGGAAGCAUUUGCAGUGAACAGCAAAUCGACAUGGGAAGCGAAGGUGAAUGCAUAUAAGAGAUUGGGUUGGUCUGACGAAGAAUUCCGAAUUGCGUUUUUGAAACAACCUCAGUGUAUGAGGGUUUCUGAGAAACAGAUAACACUGGUUGGGGAUUUUCUUGUGAAUGAAAUGGGUUAUAGUCCAUCUGUUAUUGCCAAACGCCCAAGGAUUUUUUGUUCAAGCUUGAAGAAUAGGAUUAUUCCGAGGUGUUCGGUUAUUCGAAUUUUAGUCUCCAAGGGUCUAGUGAAGAAUUUGAUUUCUCCUAGUUCAUUAGCAACGUUGACGGAGACGUCUUUCUUGAGCAAGUUUGUGUUCAAGUAUGAGAAGGAAGCUCCUGAACUAUUCGAAGUAUACCAAGUCAUUUCUGAGCCCACGUCCCUCCAGGUGAAUCAGCCCGUUGGAACAGAAGAUGCAUAGAAGUAUACAGAAAUCCCUUCCCCCCUCUUCCAACUGUUACAAACUACUACAAUCUUUUAGAAACUAUAACCAGUUGCAGAAGACACAGCCGGGCGAGGCCCAGAAAUAUGCGGGCAUAUUAAAAAGCUGUUGAAUAAUCUGAGUUUUGGGUUCAAUAGCAUGGUAUAAGAAAAGUGCAGUUUGGUAUGAAAUGAUCCAUCUCAAAAGGUAACCCCCAAAUGAAGCAGCAUACUAGACGGUUAACAGGUUCUAAAACCCUCGUUGAUACCCUCAUUUGUAUGACCACUGUGCCAU